ACGCUUGUCGCGUUUUACGCGAAGGUGUGGGUCGGUCAGUGGUCGUCGUAAUUUUUUAAAUAGUUCGAGUAUUAUUAAAAAUCGAAGAGAGAAAGAGCGAGGCGAUUGAUAAAAAGAGCCGAGGCAGAGUAUGACCAGAGUAGUCGUGGGAAGUGGGUGUCGCUCCUGCGGCCGCGGCUACGUCACGCAGUAAGCAUAUAGCGAGGCUCGAGUGUCCGUUAGGUUGGUACGGACCAGUGGGCCGUGUUUCAGUACACGGCAGAGUAGUGAGCGAGUGAGAGGGAGGGCCUUUUCUCGGAUAUUUUCUCUGGCUCGGCUGCAGUAUAGUUUCAGCCUAGUUAUGCGUAGUGAAUAGUAAAGCUAGAUCAGCGCAUCCACCAAAAUGAUUGGUGGCUUGUUUGUCUACAACCACAAGGGAGAGGUCCUCAUCUCCCGGGUGUACCGCGAUGACAUUGGUCGCAAUGCAGUGGAUGCAUUUCGGGUCAAUGUCAUUCAUGCCAGGCAGCAGGUACGCUCGCCAGUGACCAACAUCGCUAGGACCUCCUUCUUCCACAUUAAGAGAGCCAAUAUUUGGCUCGCUGCUGUUACAAAGCAGAAUGUCAACGCUGCCAUGGUGUUUGAAUUCCUGCUUAAGAUUAUUGAUGUCAUGCAGUCUUACUUUGGAAAGAUCUCCGAGGAGAACAUCAAGAACAACUUUGUUCUGAUUUACGAGCUUCUCGAUGAAAUUCUUGACUUUGGUUACCCACAAAACUGUGACACUGGAGUACUGAAGAUCUUCAUCACACAGCAAGGUGUGAAAUCUGCCACGAAAGAAGAACAAGCACAAAUAACAUCGCAAGUAACUGGGCAGAUUGGAUGGAGAAGAGAGGGCAUUAAAUACCGACGCAACGAACUUUUCCUUGAUGUAUUAGAAUACGUUAAUUUAUUGAUGAGCCCGCAAGGGCAAGUACUAAGCGCUCAUGUAGCCGGAAAGGUGGUCAUGAAAUCCUAUCUAUCCGGCAUGCCUGAGUGUAAAUUUGGGAUCAAUGAUAAGAUUGUAAUGGAAUCUAAAAAUACGAAAGGAGGCGGUGGACUGGGCAAUGUUGGUGGAGAUGAUCCUACUGGAGCACGAUCCGGUAAGCCUGUAGUUGUUAUCGACGAUUGCCAGUUUCACCAAUGCGUCAAAUUAUCCAAAUUCGAAACGGAACAUUCCAUUAGUUUUAUACCACCGGAUGGAGAAUUUGAAUUGAUGAGGUACCGCACAACGAAAGAUAUUUCAUUGCCCUUCCGCGUAAUUCCGUUGGUACGCGAGGUUGGCCGCACUAAAAUGGAAGUCAAAGCUGUGCUAAAGUCUAACUUUAAGCCAUCUCUGUUGGGACAGAAAAUCGAGGUACGCGUUCCAACGCCCCUGAAUACUGCUGGGGUUCAAUUGAUUUGCUUGAAAGGAAAGGCAAAGUACAAGGCCUCCGAAAAUGCGAUAGUUUGGAAAAUCAAGCGCAUGGCUGGCAUGAAAGAGACUCAGCUCUCCGCCGAAAUUGACUUGCUGGAGACCGACACGAAGAAGAAGUGGACGCGUCCUCCCAUAUCUAUGAACUUUGAAGUACCUUUCGCCCCGUCAGGCUUCAAAGUUCGUUACUUGAAAGUCUUCGAAUCGAAGCUGAACUACUCUGAUCACGAUGUUAUUAAAUGGGUUAGGUACAUCGGCCGAAGUGGUCUCUACGAGACGAGAUGCUAAUAAUACUCCGAUUCAUUCGUUAAUAGUAAACGAGUAAUCUCAACACAGAAGAAGAAAUAUGGUUUUGUUAUGAUGUAUGUACACUUGCGAAUGCGACGAAAUCACCUGGAGUUAUUGUAUCUUAUAUUCAGUAAAACGAAAAUGUAUGCUUAACACUGAUACCGUAGAGAUAUAACCCACUUGUCUUCAAUAGCUUGACUUACGCGGUGAAUCGUUGCAAAGACGAAUAUAUAGCUUUUCUGAGAUUAGGUGCAGAAAUUUGCCAGAACGACCGGGUAUUGAAAAUCUGUCGAUAUUUUGUAAGAUCAAACGCAACGCCGCCGAUUGCGUCGGUUAUCAAUUUUUUCAAUGCAUGGGUGUUUGGUAAGCGUGCGGCUCUCUGUAGAAUGGAGGAUGAGUCUCUUGUCUCUUUAGUAUCAUUGUUUCGCCCGAUGUUGACCAUAUAAUCGACAUUGCCUCUGGUUCAUAAACAGUUCAUGACAGUGAUUCUGUAGACAAAUACCGAAUAACGAGUACCAAAAGACGUGGAAAGAAACUUUGUUGUGGGAAUAUAUAUAUACUUUGUUCGAGUUUUAUCGAGUAAAAAAGUUUUGUGACUUUUGUCUGUAUAUCAAAGUCAUUAUAAUGUAUGUUGAAAUACAUGUGCAACUGAUACAAACAUCUUGUUUAUUCGCAAUUACGGAGUAAUUAUUAGCAAAACCUUCGAGAUCUUAUAUAAAUAUAUUAUUUGAAUGAAUUUUCAAAAUGAUCUUUAUCAGUUAUUAUUGAGAACAAUGUUAAUUAUUAAGGAAUUGAAUGAAUUAGUAACAAUGUUUAACAAAGAUAAUGUGAACCUUGAUUGUCAAAAUUAUUGCCUGAUCACCGACAGAGGAAUAGUGUCAUAUCUCAGGGUGAUAAGAGUGUUAACCAAGUUCGGAGAGAUAAACACAUCUCGGAUCUUGGCGAAAAUUCUCGAACCGAAAAACCAAAGUAUGACGCCUUCUGUCAGUAAGCGGGCUCUCUCACCAAUAACAUCAUUGAGAUUACAUAUCCAAUAUAGUAUUCGAGAACGUGAUGUGCAUUCUUUUAAGGAAAAUUAUCGGCUAAAUUGAUUUUUUUUACGUUUCCCAAUUGGUUCCCAUUUUAUAUUACUUUUAUCGAGCCUGUGUAAUAAAUUAAUAAAAGUUGAUGGUUAAAUAAAAGCUGUAAAAUAUU